AUGGAAGGGAUCCGUAUAUUCACUUCCGAUAAUUACACCGAGGAAGACAUGGGCUCAGGUGACUAUGAUUCCAUGAAGGAACCCUGCUUCCGGGAGGAAAAUGCCCAUUUCAACCGGAUCUUCCUGCCCACUGUCUACUCCAUCAUCUUCCUGACUGGCAUAGUGGGCAACGGAUUGGUCAUUCUGGUCAUGGGUUACCAGAAGAAGCUAAGAAGCAUGACGGACAAGUACAGACUGCACCUGUCUGUGGCGGACCUCCUCUUUGUCCUCACACUUCCCUUCUGGGCAGUUGAUGCUGUGGCAAACUGGUACUUUGGGAAGUUCCUCUGCAAGGCAGUCCAUGUCAUCUACACGGUCAACCUCUACAGCAGUGUCCUCAUCCUGGCCUUUAUCAGUCUGGACCGCUACCUGGCUAUCGUCCAUGCCACCAACAGUCAGAGGCCAAGGAAGCUGCUGGCUGAAAAGGUGGUCUAUGUUGGUGUCUGGCUACCCGCUGUCCUGUUGACUAUUCCUGAUCUCAUCUUUGCCGACAUCAAGGUGGCAGAUGAGAGGUACAUCUGUGAUCGCUUCUAUCCCAGCGACCUGUGGCUAGUGGUGUUUCAGUUUCAGCACAUUGUGGUCGGCCUUCUCCUGCCUGGUAUCGUCAUCCUAUCCUGCUACUGCAUUAUCAUCUCCAAGCUGUCCCACUCCAAGGGCUACCAGAAGCGCAAGGCCCUCAAGACCACAGUUAUCCUCAUCCUGACUUUCUUCGCCUGCUGGCUGCCCUACUACAUUGGGAUCAGCAUCGACUCCUUCAUCCUUCUAGAAAUCAUCCAGCAAGGGUGUGAGUUUGAGAGCACUGUGCAUAAGUGGAUUUCCAUCACCGAGGCCCUAGCUUUUUUUCACUGCUGCCUGAAUCCCAUCCUCUAUGCCUUCCUUGGGGCCAAAUUUAAAACCUCUGCCCAGCAUGCACUUACCUCUGUGAGCAGAGGGUCCAGCCUGAAGAUUCUCUCCAAGGGCAAGCGAGGUGGACAUUCUUCUGUCUCAACCGAGUCUGAAUCUUCGAGUUUUCACUCCAGCUAA